CGCGCUGUUCAGAAUCGGGGUGCACUAUUUUUAUAGCGUGCACUCAUGUUCUUCUAAGGCCUCCACACUUGUCUGUGCUAAUUUAACAGCGCUUCGGUUGCUGAGCAAUCGUGCGUUACCGGUGGAGAUAACGUCGUGUUUGUCCUACAGUCUUUUUCCUGCACUGCUAUCUGGUCGCAGCAGUCCUCGCCGCUCCACUGACAGAAUACUCCGUAAAAGACCGAAUACUAAUGGAACACCCCGAUUUUCUCCGAGUUGUGGAACACAGUCAGAAUUUGGUCAACAAGAUACUGAAAGACAUACCCGACACGCACAAGUCCUGCGUCAAUCAUAAGAACCUGACUCUUCCCCCCUCCCCUGAGUCCAAUCUGGAAUACAUGGAGUCUUUACUGAGAAUCCCCCGUGCCCCUUUGCUGAAGGGUCUAUCUGCUGAGUUCACACUGGAAAUGUGCCUGAGCCGUAUUUCUGAAGGGCUACAGAUGUACCAGGACGUGUUAAGCACCCUCCACAAUCGAGUGUCCAACCCAGAAAAGAUGAAAGACAUGCAGGCUGACGUCAGAGACUUGCUGGCGCAGAUCACAAAGAUGCAGGAUCUGGGUCGGUUCCAGACCAGGAUGAAGUACGGCGGGUCUGGCCUGGCCUCUCGCCUCAGUGGGGGAUUUGAGGUGCAGGUGGCCGCCCAUCUCUCCCUCCUGCAGCUGCAGGACUUUUCCCAGCACAUCUUCCGCAGCCUACGCAACAUGACCGACACUGACCCAGAUCUGAACGAGUAGGCGUCGGGCUGCCUGUGCAGAGAUAAAUAGCCAUUUAGCAGACACUCUGUUCAAGAGCAAGUUUAAGUACCUUGCCGGUCGCCGGCUUCCCACCUGAGACUCAAAUUUGCGAUGUCUGAUUAAAGAAUAAUUUGCGAUGCCCCUACAGUUCCGUAACCAUUGUCCUAUACAAUACUGCCAAGUAUGGGGAAAACCAGUUGCCACUAGUGUGCUGUGUAUUACAUAUUAUUAUGCUGAAAGCUUGCUACUCUUGCUCGGAGUGAACUGUCCUUUAUACUUGAAAAAAAUGGCUUGAAUCACCUAGUUGCCAAACUGCUAAUCAGUUGAACCUGAGACCACUCAAAAUGCCAAUCAGCUUGUAAUCCCUACCCAUCAGCCGUCCUGUGGGUGAUUCGGUGAAGUUUUUGUUUAUAGCUUAUUUAUUAUUUGCCUGUAUGUUUAUAUGUAUUUAUGAUUGUAUUUAUUUAUUUAUUAUCUAUAUGUAUUUAUUUAUUUAAUAUGCUGCCAGUUAGUGUUAUUUAUGCUCACCUAUGCAAUUGUAUUUUAAUGAUUUUUCAGACUGUCAGUCUAAACAUUACAGCAGCUUAAUAUUGAAAUUAAUAUUCAAUUUAAAUACCGAUGAGCACUGUGCCAUGUAGGCUAUUUCCAUAUCUAUGGAAGACACAUACAGAAAACCAUUUACAGAAUAAAGUAUUCAGCAUAUGGGUUUUUAUGUUGUGUUGAAACAAUGGUGAAUGUGAAAGCACUGUUAGCAUUAAGUGUGUGACUUCACGCACCUUUAGACAUUCAACUCAGUAUGUUCCCUUUCUUGUACUGAGGAUACUAAUCGGAUUUUUGUGUAAUGCCCUGGGUUAACAUGUAUCUGGUACAGGUACUGCUCUGAUGUUUUUAUAAGUGUAUGUAAUGCCCAGUGGGUAAUGUUCAAAGCUGUCAGUAGUAUCUACUCCUUGCUUUUCUUCGGUUACUUAGCCCCGUGGGCUGAGAGAUGCCAGGUUAUUUUUCACAUUGUAUAUUUAAAUGGGUAAUUUAUUAAACAAAAACACAUCCUCUAUGAAAUGGUGAAAUUGCCAUGAUAUAUUUAUUUGGAUUAUAUUGAUAACUAUUUUAGCAAUUUUAUAUUUAGGAAAUAGGAAUUAAUACAUGGAUGCUGAUAAACGUGUUUUGUUAAGAUUGUUAUAUUUUAUCAAUAAAACUAUUAAUUGCA